AUGUCUAUCCCCUUGUACUUGAAUGUGAAAGGUAGUCAGACUAGCCAUCUGCAAGGUGGAGGAGAACUUAAUGACCCAUGCUUUUCAGUCACAUCCCCCAACACAAUCAAACUUUUUGAUGAAACAACAUACAACUUUACCCAUGUGUUUUCAAACACAGAUGAACAAGAACUAUUCAACUUGGUCGAAAGUCCAAUUAAUACGUGCAUUGCAUUGAUGGGACCCAUGAAAACUGAAGGUGUACACAUCUCUUGUUUUGAAUUGGCCAAUGGUGGAAAACACAUUGUCGACUUAUUAGACUCGGAACCCAAAAAAUUAUCUGGUAACAUGUUGAAAAACUUUGAAAGUAAAUUGUUGAGAAGAAAAGCCAGUCCAGAAUUGGUCAAACACAUCUUCAAAUCGAAAUCAUCUUCUUCACCAUCAGCUAUAGAUGCUAAUGAUGCAUUAUCAUCAUUACCCAAAAAGAAAACUUGUCUAGUUGUGACACUCUACUGUCAAAGCUACAGAAUAACUCUCAUUGAUGAUGCAUCGUUAAAAGGAAGCUUUCAACAAAACGGCGACAACAACAGCAACAACAGCUUGAUUCAAAAUUUUAUUUUCAAAAACAAGCAACUUAAAUUGGUGUUAAACUUGGAUCAACACGCCGAAACUUCAAUUGUGCAGUUACACUUGAACAACCUCGACCUCGUAAUCAACUCAUAUAAACACAUCCAACAAAGUGGUGGCGAAGAACCAACACCAGCAAGAAGAGUCCCAAGCUACACUUUACCCACUGUAUCCUCAAGCCGCAGUCCUAAUAAGAAAAUAGUAAAGCUGACAAGACCCACAACUGCUGCAAUUGCAAAUCUUCUGGUUGCAACACGAGUUGCACCAAGAAUCACACCACGAGUUACAACUCAAGUUGCUUCCCGAGUUGACCAAAAAUAUAAAAUUAGCAAACCGACAAUUGCAAAGUUGCUGUCAUCAGCAGUGUUGACCAAGAAACCAGCUAUCCCCAAAUUUACUUCUACUAGAGAGUCAAAGGAACUUGAAAAGUUAAAAGCUGACAAGGAGGCAAUGAAGCUGCAAUAUUUGGAAAAUGUCCAACACAUGAAAAGCUCCAUCCAAGGGUUCAAGCAGGAUGGAAAAUACUUGUUUGAACAGAUUACUAAUUUGAAAAAUCAAUUGUCAUUGCUCGAAACACAAGGAUCUCAAAGAGAACAGUUGUGUCAAGAACUCAAACAAGAUAAGCUCGUAUUGAGUCAGGAUAUAGAGAACCUCCAUGCACAAUUGGAUAGAUUAAUGGAUAUCAAACAAGCCAAUGAGGAUUCUAUUCAACAACUCGAAUCUGAAAGAGACUAUAUAAAUUCAGAAUUGGUUUUGAGUAAUGAAAAUAAUGCUGAACUUUUAAUCAAGAACAAAGAAUUGCAAGAACAAGUUGAAUUGGCAAAACGUCAACAACAAGAAGAACAGCAACAACAAGAGCAAAAGCAGCAGCAACAAGAACAAGAGCAAAAGCAACAACAGCAACAGCAACAACAACACCUCGAAAAACAAAUUGCACAAAUUGCACAACUUGAACAACAGAUUGAUGAAUUAAAACAACAAUUGGAUGGAAAAACCAAUGCUUUAAAUGACAUCACAAGAGAGUGCGAAAAAUUGGAAAAGAAACUUGAGGAAACUAAUAACUCAAUUGCAACUUUGAAAGCAAGAGAGUCCGCUUUAGUUGAGGAAAAAGAUAAACUCGACGAAAAAUUGACUGGGUUGAAUAGUAAAUUUGAUUUUGCUGUCAAGGACAAUGCAGAGUUGAAUUCACAGCUUGACAAGAUGAAACACUUUAUGACUGAAAAAGAUACUCAAAUAAAGCAAUUAAACGAUCAGUUAUUGGCAAGCAAAGAAGAAUUUGAAAAUGCAAAAACUUCAUCUGACUUGGUAUUACAGCAACAAAUUAAAGACCUUAAUGAGAGGCUUGAUGCAAAGCAGGAAGAGUUGAAUAAUUUUUUCAAAACUGAAAAAGCUGUUCGCGAACAAUUGCGUGAAUCAGAAAGGCAAAACCAAACUUUAAUUGAGGAUCUAAACAGUCAAGCUCUGGACUCGCAAAAAUCAGGUGUUUUAUUGGAUGAAUUACAAUCCUUGUUGGAUAAGGCAACAAGGGACAACACCAGGCUUCGUAAGCAAAGCGAAGAGGCUCAGAUGCAACUUUCAAUUGAGGUUGAGAAAUAUGGUAAGGAACUAGCUGAUUUCCAAAGUAGAUUCGAUGAUAAACAAAAUGAAUGGAAUAAUGAAAAGACAAAGCUUGAAUCUGACCAUUCUAGGCAAACAGCGACUCUAGAAAGAUUGAAACAGGAUUUGCACAAUCAAGAAAUGAAACACCAUGAAGAAAUCUCCAAACUCGAGCAAGCUCAUGCAUUAAUACUUGCUGAAAAAGAUUCCGAAUUGAAAACUUUGAGGCUCCAGCCUAGCCAUGCCACAAUUCCACAGGAUUUCAAUAAUUUACUGUUUGGCUUAAAUAACCAAAGCUCGUCUCCGCAAUUUGGUUUCCAUCCAGAAGAUAUCUACAAUGAUCCAAUUAUGGAGCAUACUAUCCAUUUCAAUACCGGCGGACAGCAAAACAAGCUAGCACUGUCUGUGUCACCUGCACCAGAAUCGGCACCAGAAUCUGUUCCAGAAUCAGUUCCAGAAACACUUUCAGAGCAACAACAAAAGAACAUAAACCUGGCUGAACCAACUGCAAAAUCGUCUUCAGUCUCUCCCGCUUCUUCCUCGUUUAAGUCGCAUACUCUGAACUUGUCUCAAGUGAAACAACAAGUGAGUAUGGCCAUGAAGCAUAGUAAGAAAUCGUCUCAAAACUCAAGCAAGCAUAGCACGCCAAAGAAAAAUGGUAUUUUGCAACCAUCAAAUAAACAAGUAAUGCUGGAAAAUAAGGUGAAAAAGAACAAAAAGAACAAACUUGCUGGGUUAGAAAAGUAUUCUUCACCUUUGAGACACGGUGGACACAAGUCAAGUAAAUCAAGCCCGUUGAAGAAAGUUAGUGCAUGA